AUGAUGACGGAACAUAUAUAUAUAUAUCGUUUCGCAUUUAACCGUAACAUCGUACCUGUAGUGGUUAUGAUUUUUCAAGACACGAGCUCCUCAAGCGUGGACAGUAGUGAGGAAGCUGGUACCGCGUACCAGCGUGCCCCACAUGGUAUCUCUAACGCAGCACGUGUCAAUGCAAACGGAGAUGUAGAGAGUGAUGCAUUCAGCGGAGACUUUUCUUCUACGCCUGAUAAUGAUCCAAAAAUGUCCGCAUCGUUGACUCCACCAUCCCAUCGUCCCAAAACCACCACUGCAAUGCCUUCGACUAAGAACCCAGUUUCCACUGGGUUACCACCAACAGACGGCACCUUUGUGCUUGUUAAUGUGAAACCUGCGACAAAUGGGGAGCGCGUGCCUGCGGCUACUCCACCUGGUGCUUCACGCAUUGAGGAUACACACGUAGCAGCAGUAUCUCUAACCUCUUCACGAUGCUCAGAUAAGAUAUCGCCCCGUAGGGUACAUCAAACCUCCAUGACAUCUUAUGAGGCACUCGGAUUGGGAUAUUCAACCAGUGGGCUGGCAGAUGCACCGCCUCUAAAGAAUGCCGACGGCAUAAACCAGAGGGCGGCGUACACUUCGACGGCUGCAGGGCUCGACAAAGACAAAAUGGCGGAGGUGACUUUGCGCACAUUGACGCCUUCUCGACGUUCUGUAUCGGUGGGUAAAAACAUCCACACUGCGUUUUCCUACGCGAAGACGCAGGGAACUUUGCCGGAGGAAAAAAACUCGGACCAGUGGUACUCGGGCCACCCGGUUCCCCGUAGCUCGCCACCGAUGGGCAACUCGAUUCCUCGGUCUGCCAACAACAGCACGCGCCCCAGCAUACUUAAUCCGCAUGGUAGUGGUUACGACGGCGGAACGGGCGCGGCAACGUGUAACAGUGUGGAAAGCUGGAGAGAGAGGAUUAUGUGGUCCACGCGGCCGCGGCGCAACAGCCCUCGUCAUACCUCUUCUUACAACAGUUCUCGUGCUCCAUCGCGGUUAGCAACACCGCGCGCUGCAUCUGUUCCCGUUUCCAGUGUAGGCGCACAUGCGCACCGUGGCCAUCAUGAGGACCUCGCACGUUUCGUUGGGGCGUACAACACGCCAUCAAGGAGGUUCCCAAACGAUAUUCCGUAUGCCAACCGCUCCAAUACGGAUUUUAUAGCGUGGGGUAGUGGUGUAGAGAUGUCACAUUCACCCCGUUACCCCAGCACACCACGCCGCUUCAAGGAAAGCAGGUCAUAUCGUGUGAAGCAUAAGCUCCUCGACCCUCCGGAGCCAACAGCGACGGGAUUAACCACAAAAGACGAUAUUGUUGACCCACUGGCUGAACUCGAGAAGUAUCAAAAGCGGCUUGAGCGGGCCGUAGCGAUUAUGGCAUUGGAGAGGGAACAUCGCAUGCUUCGUCAUCGUCGUUGA